ACUAGUUCUGAAAUCUCACGAUAAAAAAUAAUAAAUAAAGUGAUAAAAUAUUAAAUAAAAACGAAAAGAAAUAAAAUAUUCAAUUGAAGUUGUUACAAUCAUGUCGGUUCGUGUUUUUCUUGUAUUUUCUUCACUUCUUGUUCUGAGUUAUGCUCAGAUGUUUCCGAAACAACCACAAGGGGGAGAUCCAAAAGGAGUUUGCACAAUCAAUGGUCGUGUUUACUAUGGAAUUGAUUGUUGGUGUUAUACAAGUCGCACCGGUUCUGUUUUACUCUUCUCCGUCUUCAUCAUCCUUAUCGCUUUCUUCUUCUUGAGUGGAUGCAUUUGGACGUGCAUAUUCAGAACGUAUAAAAGAUUAUUCCGUAGGAGAGAUUACGAAGGGGCAAGCUUGCAUUCAUCGAGACAUUCAUUGAGACGACAAACGCAUGUGUGGAAUAAUUAAAAGUUCAUCGAGUAGUUCAAUACAACGCUCACUGUUCCAUUAUCGUUGUUGUGAAAUUUAUUAUAAUUUUAACUUAGCUUAUUCAGAAUGAUUCUCUUCUUAAGACUCUCGUCGUUUUUAUUUUAUAAUUUGAUAUUCAAACGAUUUAAAAUAAAUAAAAUUUAUGAAAAACUUUA